AUGCUUUGGUUAGUCGGCGCCGUAACAAGUUUCACUUGCGAUCACCAGUACUUUGCCAACCUCACUUUACACGAAGCUGGGGACGACGAAGACUGGAGAUGCAUCACCGGACCCGAAACGACCUGGAUCAAACACGACAAGGAGUGCCCUGAUUGCAGGAACAAGGUACCUCCCACGGAUCCAGUUAUCCUCUCUCGUCCGCUAAGUCCUUUACUCACUGCACCAGACAAUCUCGAAGACAGACGGGGCCUCCUCACAGAGUUCCGUUGCGGACAUCACAAAGUUGCCGCAUCAGAUGACAAGAAGUGCAUCGUUCUUGGAGUCGACAAGCUCGGAUUCUUUCGAAAAAAACGUUGCCCCCGGUGCAUCGCCUACGGAACCCAAGACAGCUCCUCAGACGACCAGUGCAGCUCCGGAAGCCAACCGGACGCAACACCAUUCGAUCCACUUGAACCCGACUUAGAUUUUGCCGACGACGUGGACAUGGGAACUUUGGCCAGACAGAGAAGACAAAGAGAAGCUCUCGCCACAUUCGAUCAUCCUCCCACCCCCUCAAGAAGAGAAAGCAAAAGGGAGAAGGCCAAGAAAAUAGGUAAGUCGCUCUGGGGAUCAAUCAAGAAGAAGUUCUAA